AUGGGAAACCUAAAAGUGUUAGACCUUUAUAGUGGAAUAGGGGGGCUGCACUACAGCAUGCUACAAGCCCUAAUAAAUUGCGUCCACGAGAGGACACAAAAAGGCACCCUCAAAGGGGAUGCUGCAAAAGCGGAUGUUCCCAACUGUGCAAACCUUUUCAAUGACACACUUCAGUUCAUAUCAAUAGAUCUGAACUACCUAGCGAAUCAAACACACUAUCACAAUUUUGAGGAAAAUUCGAUCUACCUGACGCAAAAAAAAUACAUCGACAAAUUUUUUAAAGAGUGUCAAAGAGGAGAGAGGCACACCCAGGCGGGGAUGCCCCCCGAAGGUACACACAACGGAGGGAGGAAAAACAGUAAAGAGAUUCCCUUCAUCGAAGAUAAAAAUUACAUCCUUCAAACGGAUAUAAACAACCUGGACGCACAGUUUCUCGAUUAUCAUAAAUUUUUCAUUCUGCUAAUAUCGAACCCAUGUCAGCCGUACACCAGACAGAACAAAAAAUUUCAGCAGAUCAAUUUGGAAGAGUUGUUCAAAAAGUACGCCCACUGCGCAGAAGAGGAAUCCCCUGUGGGGGAACAAAAAAAGCAAAAAGAAAGUUGUCCUUCCCCCUUAGACAAAUUGGAUCAUAUAAAUAAUGUGUUCGCUUCAACUUGUGGUGCGAAUGAAAACAGUGGUACAAAUGGUAAGGCCCACUUCGUCACCCCAAAGUGUAACGGUGUGGAGGACAUCCCCUUCAAAUGGAAAAAUAAAAAAAGCGAUUACGAUAAAGUGUUGUGGGAAACACCCCCAGGAAAAGACCAGUACCAUGUGGAUAAGCUAAACCUAGAUCAAGCCUUAAUCUCCCUACAAAUCGAAAACGACGAACGGUCAAAAAGUUUCAUCCACAUUUGCAAUUUGCUAAAAAAGGUAAAGGAAGAAAACUUGCCAAAAUAUAUUUUUAUCGAAAAUGUCAGAAAUUUUGAAUUAUCCACUUCCUUUUUUUAUUUCAUAAAUUCAGUUAAGAAGAAUUAUAAUUUCCAGACCUACCUUUUGUCCCCACUGCAGUAUGGCAUACCGAAUGAACGUCUUCGUUUUUAUUGUAUAUGUAAGAGGAAGCACAACUUGGUUCGUCUCACAUCAUUGGAAAGCUUCCCCAGUGCAGCGACCACUGCACUCUAUAGCAAUUCGCUUAUGCCAGCCAAGUGCAUCAUCCCCGCAUUUGAAAAUAACCCAAAUUUUAGGCCUUCCCAAAAGUACACCUUUUACACCCCCAGCUUAGCCACAUUUUUGGACCAUAAUGAAAAGUACCCAAUAACGUGCAACACAAAUGAAGAGAUAAAUUUAACUAACGACACAUUGGAGGAACACGAAGUUACGAACAGUACCCUGACAAAAUGCUCGUCAUUCUGUUUUGACAUAAUCGAUAUUAACCGAAAUGGAAAUGUGUGCUGCUUCGACGGAGGUCGUUACUAUGUGGAGAAGAGUGAAGGCAUAAAGGACCUCCCAAAUGAGAGAAACUUCAGGGACUUGAUUAACUCCAAUAGGGUGCAUUCCAUGUGCUUCACGUCUAACUAUGGGAGGUAUAUUAACGGAUCCGGCUCGGUUCUCUACUUCUCCAAGCGCAGAAGGGGGUCUCCCUCAGGUGGCAGAGAAACGGCAUGGGGGCAUGCACAGAGUGGGCAUAUGGAAAAAGCCCACAUGGCAGACCACCCGUGGCGCGACGACUCCUCUCUCGAUGACUUCUCUCCCGAUGACUUCUCCCACGAGGGGCACUCCAGCGAACAUCCCAACCAGGAUAAACCGCACCACGGAGAAAUAAUCAAACAAAUGAGCAAAUAUAAAAAUAGAGUACGGUACUUUACCCCCAUAGAGAUAUGCAGACUCAUGGGUUAUAAGAUGCGCACCAGCAGGGCUAAUACAGAGGCUGGAGAAAACAACAAAAACAGAGUCGGAAAUAUAUACUGGAACAUGGACCACAUUAACCAUAUGUGCGCCUACACAUGUAGUGUGCACUACUGUGCUAAUAGACAUAGCAACACUUGUUUGUUCAGUGAAGGGCUCCAUUUGGCAGAGACUCAGAUGAGGAAAUCAUCAAAUGAUGAAGUGUGUCGCGAUGGCGAAUCUCCCCAUGGAAAAACCCAAGACGAACGAACAGCACCAUGCUCUUGUCACGAAUUUAAAUUUCCACCAUUUUUGACAAACAGGCAAAAGUACAAAUUGGUUGGUAAUUCCGUCAACGUCACUGUAAUAUCUUUAAUUUUUCAAGCCCAUGACAUUUUCGGGGACCUCCGUAAAGGGGGGAGUCUUCCCAGCUAA